AUGUCAAGUAGAACACCCAAUGAUAUAUUACGAUAUAAAGUACCAAGAUCACACACUAUAUCUAAAAGAAACGACCAAGGUUCUACAUCAACACGACUAAAAGACAUGUUAAUUAACAAUAAGCAACGCGAAGAACUCAUGACAGCUUGUUCCAAAGGCGAUUUACCAAAAGUUACACAUUUGUUGGAAGAAAAGAAGGCCGGUUUGAAUCCAGACAUGAUUCGAGACUCGAAAUUACGAACGCCUUUGCUUGUAGCCUGUGCCGCAGGCCAAGCAGCUGUUGUUCGGCAAUUAGUUCGCUGGGGAGCCGACGUCAAUAAUCCGAUGGGAGACAUCGUGGGAAACAAACCACUUGAUUUAGCGGUUAUCUCGAACAAUGUGGAUACAGUAUUAGCGUUAUUGGAAAAUGGAGCCAAAAUAGCCAAUUAUGCAGAUAACAAACACAAAAUCAAUGCAGACGAUGGAUUACCACUACCUGUCCGUAUGAGAGCGGCAUCAAGAACACCUUUGGAUCUUGCAAAUGCUCGGCUAGACUUGUUGAUCAAGCUCUCGGAAGAAACAAAUACAGUAAAGAUGGAAACCAUGGAUCAGGUUGUCGAAGUAAAUUUACCAAAUAAGAAAAUGAUUAGAAUGAUUUUAUAUUUAUUUGUUUUAACGAUAGAUCAUAAAGCUACUAAAGCACUUUAUACCAAAGGAUACAAUGGAUGA